AUGGAGACUCGCGACUGGGAAUCUCUGGAUGAUGUGGAGACUGUGACUUCCAUCACCUUCGCAGCCUCUCUGAGACCCGACCCUGCAGAGAGGUGGCCCGGCUCUAGCACUACACUCUUCCUUGCCUUGCUGUUAGUUGUCUUGCAAGUGAGGCGCUUUCAACGGCGUCGCCGGGUGCGAGUGCUGGCGAUGGUCUUCAAGGAUCUCCUCAUCACUUUGACGGCGUUCUUGCUGACGGCCACGGGCCUCCAGAAAGCCAAGCGGUUUCGUGCUGGGGGAACGACGCCGGGUGUGGAUCUCUUGAUCUAUGAGUCCCUCAAAGGUCCAAGUGUUGUGAAACUACGUCUGGUCGAGCUCGCUGUCGAUCCGGGCCCUGCUCACUGGGAAGAGAUCUUGGCUUUGGCCGGGCAGCCCAGGGAGGCUGAACAGGCAGUGCUCCUCUGGCUGCUUUUGCGGAAUGCCUACAUCGUUUACCAUGGCAGAGUGCAGCGGCAUCAGAGUCAGGCCCGUCUUGAUGCCCUCGUGCGGGUCGUGCUGGAGAAACCGCCCGGGCAGCCCAGUGCUGAGGAGGAACUACAGAAGCUGCGGAAGGCCUUCUGCAGCCUUUACGUGGUGGCCGCCUUUUGGGAGGCGAGCGCUGCCAGCCCAGGCAAUUUUACCAAUGGCACCUCCAAUGUGAGCGCGAACGAUCUGGCCCUCGCAGUGUUGACAGAUGAUGCCGGGGCCAACCACACGGGGAGUCCAAACCUUCUGCAGAUGUCCUCUUCGCGUGAAAGUGGUUUCGAGUACCACAAGGAACCAUUCCCACCUGACUGGCGGCAUGAUGGGCUCACAGUUCUCUUAGCUUCCUUGGGCCUCAUUGUGGCCGCGUCGGGUGGCAUUGGCGGUGGGGGCAUCCUGGUGCCGCUCUUCAUGCUUGCGCUGGCGCUCACGGGGCGCGUGCGCGUGGCGUGCGUGGCGUGCGCAGCGCGUGCGCAGCGCGUGCGUUUAGCAAACAGUGCGCUAGCCAUGCCUGGGAAGCGUUUUCCAGAUGGGCCCACCUGUGACCAGCCUGAGAGGGUUGCUGAGGAUUGGUGGGACUGUCCAAUCCUGAAAGAGCGUGUGAAAAGGGUGGGGCGGCUGAUAGAAGCUGCUGACGUCAAGAAGGGGGGAAGUGAGAAGCGGGAAAGCGAGAAGGGGGAGGAAGAAAAGAAGGGUGAACCAGAGUGCUUGCCAACAAGAGCAAACGCAAUUCACAACUCGCAGGUCAUCCUUUGUUUAGCAAAGGACAUGGCUCGCCGAGGUCGGCUAGGUGCUGACCCAAUCGAAGUGAUCUCCAAAAUGACUUUCCACUACUACAGCCAGCAUCCAGUGUACGCCCAGCUUGUGUCAGAUGUGCGGAUGAAAGUUUGGGCGUACAAUGACGCUUGGAGUCUUCACAAAAUGGUGACUCAAUUUCGGGGGCCUGUGAUGAAGUACACCAACACAAGGGUAUCAGAGCUUUCCAGCAUCUUCGAUGUGCUCAAGGGAGCUUACAUGAAGCAGUUAAAGGCUCACAUGGAGGAGAACGGCGACUCAACUUCAGCUGGGGAAUGUGAGAUGAAGACUGGAGAGGCAUUGUCUGCGCGUGAAGCCUACAAGCGCUACCAGGCCUACUUGGAAGCUGCUCAGCAUAAGCUGGACACCAUGAACUUGGAGGAUGGGAAGCCGAAGGAUCUGCCAGCUUGUGAGCCGUCUACCAGCGAGGGCCCUUGUAGCAAAGACGAUCAGCUCAGGUUGGCCCAGAAAGCCAAAAGUGAGUCCAAGUCAAAGGGCAGGCCGCGUGGCAAGGCGAAGGCGAAGGCCAAGGCCAAGGCCAAGGCCAAGGCCGGGCCAGAGGCCGAGGCCAACGCCCCUGUGGAGAGGGAGAAGGAUGCGGAGGAUGUGCCUGCCAAAAGGCGUCGGACUUCAGCAGCCAAGACGGCUGAGUUCAAUGAAGCGGAGCAUGGUGAGCUUUCGGAGCCGGUCAAGAAGAUGCUGCAGCAGAAGGUGGUCCCGCACACCUUUGGCGGACGCGCUUGCCCGACCAAGGGAUGGGGCCUUGAGAAAUUUGCCAGGACAGUGGACGCUUACCGUCAGAAGGUUGAGCCGUUGGGGAUGAGCUUCUUGAAGGAGCUCCGUGGUGUGAAGCGAGAGGCCAAACAUGGGCUCGUUGACGCCACUGUUGAAGCCCUUGAAGGUCGGCCACGAUCAAGAGUGAGUGGGACGGCAGAGUACCUGGCCAAAUGCGUUGGUUCUGGCGUGCCAUGCUCUCAGGUCGUUGGCUUUGCCAAGAAAGCGAUGGAAGAUGCCGUUGGGACUUCAUCCCAAGUUGCUUCCUGUCCAGUCGUGAGGGGUCUGAGCAAACUUAAAGCCAAUGAUGCAGAGGAUAGGCUUCACCCACUCCUUGCCAAGCACAAUCUGAGUUUGCCUAUAGAUCUGACCCCGCUAUCUGGGGACUUGCUGGAAGGGUAUCCUAGACUCAAACCUCUCCACUUCCUGGAAUACAUGGCAGCCAAUGGCUACCUGAACCGUCUUCUUGGAGGAAAGCAGGUGGCCGAGGCACGGCCGAUGCUUGAGGAGUUUUGGCGAAGGUUUGAAGUGUACCACCCCGACUUUGGUUUGUUUCUGGUGGACGACCCUGAUGUAGAGCUUGGGCUUUGCAUCCCAGUCUUUGCUCACGCUGAUGGCGGACGUGGUUACAAAAAGUCCGAGUUCAUGGUUUUUAACUGGAGCUCAGUAUGCGGAAGCGGGACUGCAGGCGGUAAUAAGAAAGAUCAUUCAUUCCGAAUGCUCAAGCGGGGGAAGAAAGAAGCCCAAAUCAACCUCUUGGGACACUCGUAUGGGACACACUACAUGUACUCCGUGAUGCCAGCUGCCUGGCACAAAGAUGACUCCUGUUUCCAGGCCAUGAUGACAGAGUUUGGGAAGGAUCUUCAUGAGUGUUUUGAGACUGGUGUGCUACAUCAAGGUUUGCGCUUGCGGCUCGUUGUUUUGGGCUUGAAAGCGGAUUUGAAGCUUCAGGCCCGUGCUGGCCGCUUUACACGAUGGUACUCCACUUGCAGGAAAGGUCCACUUGAUCCGACAAACCUCAAACAGAGUCCAGGGUUGUGUUGCUGGUUGUGUCCAGCUGGAGAUGUCCAAUUCCCCUUUGAGGAGAUUCACACAGAUUCUCCCAAAUGGUUUGAAGCUAUCGGGGAGUGGGCGCAAUGGGAAGAAACCCUGGCGGAGCAGAUUGUGGGAGAUGGCCUGACUUUUUUGCAGGCUUAUGAAUUCAAGCCGAAGCACGCCAUUGCCUUGUCGAACUUCACCAUUUUGGGUGGUGCAAUUGCAAAUACCCUGGCGAAUGCCAGGAGAAAGCAUCCGCAGCGCCCCUCCGAGCCCUUGAUCGAUUGGGAUCUGAUCCUUGCCAUGGAGCCCUUAACGAUCUUCGGUGCAGUCUUUGGCUCCCUGCUCUCCAAGAUUUUGCCCAACUUUGUGCUAACCUCAGCCCUGGUGAUCAUUUUGUCCCUCAUAGGUCAGCGGACGUUGAUGAAGGGCUGCAGCAUGUUCAGAGAGGAGAGCCGCACUCUUCGACCUGUGGAGUUUGAACUCAGCGACCGCGUAGCUCUAGCACAGGCCUCUGAUGUGCAAGACUACAUCGAGUUCCAGUCCGACAGCGAGCUAGCUCAUGGUGCACGUGGCUCAAGGCUGCGAUGCAAGAUCGCCGCCCUGACACUCUGCUUCGCUGGCACCUGCGCCUUGACUUUGCUGAAGGGCGGCGGUCGGAUGGCAUCUCCACUCGGGGUGGAGUGUGGCUCCAUCGGCUUUUGGCUGCUCUACUUUGGCGCCGUGCCCUGGGUCUUAGCCUUCGCGCUGGGCUUCAGGCAGAUGUUGGUCUCUGAGUUUCAUCAGAAGCUGCAACAAGGCUAUACCUUCCAGCCCGGUGAGGUCCGUUGGGACUCCCGCAACACGCUGCUCUAUCCCCUACUUUGCGCGAUCGCUGGUCUGUUGGCAGGGCUCUUUGGAGUGGGUGGUGGCAUCGUGAAGGGCCCUCUGAUGCUGGAGAUGGGCAUCAUGCCGUCGGUGGCCUCGGCCUCGGCGGCGGCCAUGAUCCUGUACACCUCGGCGGCGGCGAGCGCGUCGUUUCUGGUCUUCGGCUUGCUGCACCCGCUUUAUGGUGCCCUCUUCUUCUUCCUUGGCCUGAUCUGCACAGCCUUGGGCCAAUACGUCGUGGGGCAGUGGGUCCACAAGCAGAACCGUCAAAGCCCGAUCGUGCUCUCCAUUGGGACGGUGAUCUUGCUCUCAUCGGUCUUCGUGGCAAUCAACACCGUGGUGAUCUCCAUUGGCCGCACUCGUGCAGAGCUCUUGGCCUUCCAUGGCGUUUGUGAUAGUGCAGCGUAG